CCGUUGUCUCGCAGCGCACACUGACGGAGGAAGCGAACCCGGCAGUGAUGCAAGAUUGCUUCUUUCGGAAAGGCAUUCUAAACAGCAUUGGGUAGGAAUGAGAAUCCCCCUGCUACCUUUCUUUGCCUGCUACAAUGUCUUGUACUUGGCACCGGUUAAAGUGCGAGCAGCAGCGCAAGGCUGCUUCAGGAUGCCGUCAGAAGGCGACGACUGUGACACACAAACAGAUAGAUGGUAUUACAAUAAAGACGAACUGACGUGCUUGAAUUUUAUGUACGGAGAUUGUCCGCAACCAGGCAACAACUUUGCAUCCGUGCAGGAAUGUGAGAAUGCUUGCAAGGGCGCAGGAAAAGGGCCACCGCAGGUCCCCUUGCCUCCUUCAAGGCCACCACAAAGAGGCGGAACCAAGCCACCAAAAGGGAAAUGGCCACCUGGUGGUGGUGGUCAGCCGCAAAAGCCUUGGAGGCCAUCGGGAAGACCAGUUCGUCCUCCAAAGAAUCGGCCAUCAUCCAAGGGGCCUGAAGAAGAAAAUGAGACCGUGGCGAAACGACCUGGAGGGGGUAGAUGGCCACGGCCGAGACCACGUCCGAGACCUCGUCCGCCAAAGCCUCCUUCGAAACAUCCAGGAAGGGGAAGCUGCGCGGCAAGACUGAGGAGGAAAAAAGGCUGCUCUGGUUACGAAGGCAUGUGGUUCAAUAAUGGUGCUUUCAUGAGUUGCUCUCGUGUGAAAGAAGGGUACUGCCCAACUGUCGGCGAAUUUUUCGCAUCGUGCGAAGAAUGCAUGAGUAAAUGUCGACCGCGACAACUCAAGCAAUGCCAGUACAUGACCUGAACUUGCCCAACGAGACAGCGGCAACAUGGAUGCAAUGCCUACCACGUAUUUGCCAGUAUACGACGACCAAAACGAGACAAAAAACAAUAAAUAAAACAUGUAUAACGAAGCGGUGCC